AUGGGUCACGAAGAUGCUGUCUACCUCGCCAAGCUCGCCGAGCAGGCUGAGCGCUACGAAGAGAUGGUUGAGAACAUGAAGGUCGUUGCCUCCGCUGAUGUAGAGCUCACCGUCGAGGAGCGGAAUCUCCUGUCUGUCGCCUACAAGAACGUCAUCGGUGCCCGUCGUGCGUCCUGGAGAAUCGUCACCUCCAUCGAACAAAAAGAAGAGUCCAAGGGCAACGAGUCCCAGGUCUCCCUCAUCAAGGAGUACCGUCAGAAGAUCGAGGCUGAGCUGGCCAAGAUCUGCGAUGAUAUCCUCGAGGUUCUCGACAAGCACCUGAUCCCCUCUGCCCAGAGCGGCGAGUCCAAGGUCUUCUACCACAAGAUGAAGGGUGACUACCACCGUUACCUUGCCGAGUUCGCCGUUGGCGACCGCCGCAAGGGCGCCGCCGAUGCUUCCCUCGAGGCCUACAAGGCCGCCACUGAGGUUGCCCAGACCGACCUUGCUCCCACCCACCCCAUCCGUCUCGGUCUCGCCCUGAACUUCUCCGUCUUCUACUACGAGAUCCUCAACUCUCCCGACCAGGCUUGCCACCUGGCCAAGCUCGCUUUCGACGAUGCCAUUGCUGAGCUCGACACCCUGAGCGAGGAGAGCUACAAGGACUCCACCCUGAUCAUGCAGCUCCUCAGAGACAACCUGACUCUGUGGACCUCGUCCGAGGCCGAGCCCGCCGCCGAGGCGAGCGCCCCCGCCGAGAAGAAGGAUGAGGCCCCCGCUGAGGGCGAGAAGCCCGCCGAGUAA